AUGCUCAGCGGACUACUCGGACAAGUGGGCGUGGCUGACUGGCAAGCUACAAGCGCCUUUCCAUUCGAUGGCAAACCGCUAUUAAUCAAAGUGAUUGCGAGCGGCAAGUGGCAGCAGCAGUUGGCCAGGUGUACUCUUGAGUUGGCUUUUAAUCGUAAGCCUUUAACAACAUGCUGUCGAAUUCAAGCAGUCGACAGCAGUUUAUGCGUUGUGAUGGAAUUGUCCGCAGCUUCGCCCAGUCGACGUUUCUUCGUCCAGAAUCGCCCACGCUCGAAUAGUUUUGCUGUAAUCGGUUCAGAGAGCUCCGGAAGCACUAGUGGCCAGAGAGUAUCCACGAGGAAUAUAAAUUAUGCAGGUAUACACACAUAUAACAUGGAUGCAUGUAGUAUAUACAUUUAUGAAUUUAUACAUCCAUCCAUGUUUAUUUGUGUGUAA